AUGCUAGUUGAAUCCGCUCCCCGGCGUUGGGAUAGUAUACCUCAACAACUCCCUGCGGGUGUCAUUUCCGUGGGCAGUUCAGUGGCGUUUGAAGUUUUGGAGGAUAAUUCCUGGCACUACGAGACGGGAGAUGUGACAUUCCUCUCAGAAUACGUCGCCCGAGUAUCCGUUUCACAUGGGAAUCUUGGAGUGGGUGAAAGAGAGCAACUUGAACUGGACCGAAGGCACCUAGGUGAGCUAUGUGUCAAGCUUCAGCAAUUACGGGUGCAGUGUGCGAGGGAGCAUUACCUUGCUCUCCAGAGCCAACUUGAACACGCCCGUCUUCAGGUUAGGGGAAUUGAAGCUGCUUGCCUUCGUGAGGUUCAGUCUUAUCAGAAGCCCCCGUCCGCUGUGAAAUUAAUCAUGGACGAUGUCAUUGACAUCCUCGGGAUUCGCUCGGCGUCACAUACGUGGGCCUACGUGAAGACAGUCACUAAAAGGGCAGGGUUUGUGUCGCUCGUUGCGGAGUUCGAUUCCUCGAAGGUUGCGGUGGAGCGCCGGUUGGAGGUGCUUCGGCGAUGUAGGAGCCGAAAAAUUAGUAGUAAGGCGGCAUACAAGGCUUCGCAAGCCGCAGGUCCACUUCAUCUCUGGGUUCUGACGCAACUAAAAUAUUUUGAAGAGUGUGAGUCACUUUCCUUUGUGACAGAUGCACGCAGUCGCGAGCAGCAGGAGCGUCUCGUCUUUGAGAUCAAGG